UAAGUGUAACAUUGUAAUGCCUCGUCUAACAUUAACGCUUGUUAUUUUGUGUGAGUAGAGCGCAUCCCGCGCAUUAGAAACGGAAAGGAGAUCCUAUUACAAAGAUGGCGUUUAUUAAAGAGGAGACUGAAGACAUAAAGAUAGAAGAAACAUUUGGAGUGAAGCUUGAAGAUACUGAUGAAGAUAUAGACCUGAUGGCGCUGAUCGAGGAGAGUAGAGAUCGGUAUAAGAAACUUGAUUGCAGUACUGGAGAAAAGUCUUCAAGUUGUUCACACACUGAAGAGACUCCCUCACAAGAAAAAGCUCAGAAGACUCGAAUUAGAAAUCGUGUCAUCUGCUCAGAGUGUGGAAAGUGUUUCAGUCAUCAAGGAAACCUUAAAGUCCACAUGAGGGUUCACACUGGAGAGAAGCCGAUCACCUGCCCUCAAUGUGGAAUCCGUUUCACGCAGCAAGGAAACUUUGAUAGACACAUGAGAGUUCACACCGAAGAGAAGCCUUACAGCUGUGAACUGUGUGGAAAGAGCUUCACAGCACAACUAAGCCUUGACUAUCACAUGAACAGUCACACCGGUGAUAGGCCGUUUUCAUGUGAUCAGUGUGGAAAGCGCUUCAGCCAUAAAGCAGCCGUUAAUAAUCACAUGAAGAUUCAUUCAAGAUUGGAGAGUUUUACAUGUCGUCAGUGUGGAGUGAGUUUCACAGACCCAAGUCACCUGAGGAAUCAUGUAAUAACACACACUGGAGAGAAGCCUUACAUGUGCGAUCACUGUGGAAAGGGUUUCACAAACAAAAGAUCCCUCAAGGUUCACAUGGUAAUUCACAUGGGAGAGAAACCUUUCGACUGCCAUGAGUGUGGAAAGAGUUUCAAAUUUAAAGAAAACUUUCAGACUCACAUGAGCGUUCACAGUAAAGCAAGGUCUUACACCUGCCCAGUGUGUGGAAAGAGUUGCAAACCUAAAGGAAAACUUAAGCUUCACAUGAAGCUUCACACUGGAGAGAGACCUUAAAUGUGUAUCCAGUGUGAAAUGUAGUACACAUCAAAAAGCCUAACACAGGCAACAUUUGCAAGCUCAUUCUGUGACAUUGCCAUGUUCCUCAUUGUGAUGAGGUUUCCAAACACCAAAUUUUUCAUUGACUGAAAGAGUGACAUUUCUUCCUCUUUGUGGGUUUCCUUUGUUUUGUUUUGAAAUUAAAGUAUUAAGAGCUGCAUCCAUGUCUACGCUUCCUCAUCUGCCUGACCAUGACUCUUCUUUAUCUGCACAUUUGACUGUCAGCAUCUAUUUCAUGCACAAAACUAUAUAUAUAUAUGUACCUGUUUUGUAAAUCCUAUGCAUUCUUCAAGAUACGGACAGGUUUCAGCUCUGGAUCAUCAUGUUUCUCAACUACUUUACUUACAAACAUUGGCCUCUGCAAGGUUGCCAACUCUCACGUAUUUGGCCAACCAUAUUAACAACACAUCUCAAUAUAAUCUGCUUAUAAUUUUCUCCCACCAGCAUGGGACUUGUUUGGUUUGACACUGAUAUGUUAUCCUUGAUUAAACUGGAGUAAAGUGGCAAGAUUCUGCAUCAAUACAGUCUCUUCCUGCAUUUCAUAAAAUGUCUAUUACCAAAAUCACUUUCAAGUAAAGUCAGUUCACUCAGCGGCCAUAUUUGCAUAUGCAAAGGUUUAAGGAUGCCCACACUCCAUAACCCCCUCCCCCAACCAACUUAUUCCAGUUAGCUUGAUAUAUUUUAAAGUUUUUUUUUUUUUUGGAAAAUGUUGACGACUGAUCAUUUGCAGGAUGCCUUGAAUAUUUACUAGAAGCAACAUGAAUACAUUUCAGCUUCCCUAAAUCGCAUACCUGAAAUUGCAAAGAACCACUUCCUCAUUUCAUCAUAUUUGAGUCAGUAUAAAUUGCAGGGUUUGCUUUCUGACUGAGCAGAUAUUUUUUGUCUUGUUUUUUGAUGAUUUCUGAUCUCUAACCCAAAACUGAAGUAUGCCUCUAGUGAACAGCAGUGUUCUCCAGGCACUCUCCAACUUCACAGGUGCUACUGUGA